UUAUUCCCGGUAUUGAAACUUGGUAGAUGUUCUGUAAAAUAUGAACAAAGAUUUGUAUAACUCCUCUGUGAUAUGAAUCCCUAGUCUACAUAAAAAUGGUGGAUGCCCUCAAUGGCACAGCCAAUGGUAAUACCCACUAUAGGCCUCUAUCAUUCUCUAUGUUCACAACCAACAAACCCUUAUGUAUGUAGCCAUGUAUUUGCUACAUCAAUCUAGUUACAAAAUAUGGCAAAUUAAUUGUGCCUUGUUAUUUGGGGCAUUGGCAAGCUGUGGAGUCCUUCUUGUUAUGGGGUUUUAUGUGUUUACCUUUUCUGCUCCGACAGAGGACUGGCAGACGGCCUCGUCUCUUUAUGACUUCUCUGCAAAGGAUAUUGAUGGCAACGAGGUAUCCCUCGAGAAAUACAGGGGCGACGUUGUUAUCAUCGUCAAUGUUGCCUCUAAAUGAGGUAAAACCCCAGUAAACUACUCUCAGUUUGCGGAGAUGCACGCGAAGUACGCUGAGAAAGGUUUACGCAUCCUGGCCUUCCCCUCCAACCAGUUCGGGAGACAGGAACCUGGCACUGAAUCUCAGAUCAAGAAUUUUGCCAAGUCCUACAAUGCUGAUUUCCCAAUGUUCAGUAAGAUCAAUGUGAACGGGCCCAACGCCCACCCCGUGUGGAAGUGGCUGAAGGAGCAGCCCAAGGGGAGAAGCUUCCUGGGAAAUGGCAUCAAGUGGAAUUUCACUAAGUUCCUUAUCAACAGAGAGGGCCAGGUUAUGAAGAGAUAUGGACCGAUGGGUGAUCCCAGCGCGGUGGAGAAGGAUCUUCCCACGUACCUGUAAUUCUUCCAUCACUGACUGCCUAAUGCACUGAUACUGCAUCUAUCCCUCCCUCUCCGGUGAGCCAAUGCCUGGGAGUGGGUCCAUUCCCCAGACCAGUGACAGUCUGUCCGCAAACCAGCCUGACUGGUAGGACAGACCUGAUGAAAACGGCGUGCAACCAAUCCCCUGGGAGGACCCGCUAUAGGCAUAGCCAGCCAGCACCGGAGAAGAAUCCUGACCCCCUGAAAAUAUUAUCUUAGUGUCAUAUUCCAUAAUAAACUUAACGCUUUUGUGCUAAUUCUGUUGUCCAGUGUGUUUAUGGGGAAUUCUAUCUUUCAACGUAAAAAACAAGUGUAAACGU